AUGUUGGCCCGCGGCGAGAACACGUUUUAUAUCGAUUUUAAUCAAGGCCGAGAGCAGACGGGUCCCGGUUUAAAGACACGGAGCCACACGGAGCGGAACGGAGCCAUACGGACCCACACGGACCAACACGGAGCCAUACGGACCCACACGGAGCCACACGGACCCAAACGGAGCCAUACGGACCCACACGGAGCCAUACGGACCCACACGGACCUACACGGAGCCACACGGACCCAAACGGAGCCAUACGGACCGGAACGGAGCCAUACGGAUCUAUACGGAGUCAUACGGACCGGAACAGAGCCAUACGGACCCACACGGACCGGAAAAGACCCACACAUACCGGAACGGAGCCAUACGGACCUACACGGACGCACAGGGACCUACACGGACCUACACGGAGCCACACGGAGCCACACGGAUCUACACGGACGCCGCAUGGACACAGGGCUCCGAACUUUACAGUGUUCAGACAUUAUUACAUUAUCACGGUAG